UUCUUAGCUAAAUUUAUUUUUAUUUUUAGCUUUCUCCGUUACCGUCAGUAGUCGCAGCAGCAGCAGCUAGAUAGCGCCCACACACACAUAAAGCAAAAGCCUUUGAGCUCUCUCUCUCCACUCCCAAAUCCCAGAGACUCUCUCUCCUUUGAGGGUUUUUUGUUUUUCUUCCUAAUUUCUGCUUCAAUUCGAUUUUCACAGAGAAAGUCUCCUCCUUUUGGAACAUUUUCAGGUGUUAAAUUUCUCACUGUAUCGGCUACAUUGUACCGGAAAAACCUCUCGAUCUCGGGAAUCACACCGAUAAUCGUCUCUUUGGUUUCCGGGAAAGAGAGAUUUGGGUUUGGUGUUAAAGAUUGCAUGAAUGCUGGAAAUGGAAAGAGUUGCUGAGCUCAAGAGACUUCCUAGUAAAGGUCCUGUCUCUGGUCACUUAUCGAGAAGACCAUACUUAGACUUGGAAACUAGAGAUACGUUUAAUGGCAAUGCCAAUGGUAUGCAUUUGGAGACUUUGAGGGAACGAGCUGCUCGAUACAACUCGGGAAGAUCAGUGAAUCCAACUACGACAUUGGGGAGAGAACUAAGCCAAGUUCUGAAUGUGCAUAGGGAAGAUACGAUAAUGACUCAAUUUGGUGGUAACAUGAAUGAUUUUCAGGAGUUUGAGCCUGUUGUAUCGUCUGUUAGAACGAUGAAGGCCAAGUAUCCUUUGUUGGAGAUUGAAGAAAUUGGGGCUGCUGAUGAUGAUGUUACUUGUAAGGGAAGCAAUGAUAUGUCUGAGGAAGCUGGUUCUAGCUCCUUCCGUGGAGUUAGUCAUCCUCCUGAGCCUGACGACAUGGAUCUUAUAACAACUGUUUAUGUGCCCAUUAGCGAAAGAAGCAAACCUGAUUCGGUUUGCUUGAUGAAGAGCAUGUCUACUACUAAAGGACCCUUUAUCGAGGACAUUUCGCUCUGUGUGCCUCCGAAGAAGUCAAGCCCGGGAGUACUCUCACCCACAGAAAGCAUAGUUGAGGAACCUGCUACAUCGCUGUCCCCGUUCUCUGUGGCUCGUGCAUCGCAGAACACUGAAAACUCUCUGCUACCGCCAGAUUCAGACAAAGAAUGUGUUUGGGAUGCUUCUUUGCCUCCCAGUACCAAUGUGAGCCCACAUAGCAGUAGUGUUGAAAGUAUGAAUUUUGCCAGGGCUAUGAGUAUUGCUAAUAGCUCUUCUGCAACAAGUACUACCCAGCGGAGCGAUGUUGUGCUUAGUAUGGACAAGAACUACUGUGACAGGAGUAUCAGUAUGGUUUUGGAUUCGUUUGAAAGCACCAAGACCAGUGCAAGCAGAGCAAGCGAUAGUAGCGGACUAAGCGAAGAGAGCAGCUGGAGCAAUUUCACGGGAAGCCUUAACAAGCCACACAAAGGGAAUGAUCCUUGGUGGAAUGCUAUCUUGGCUAUCCGAACCCGAGAUGGGAUUUUGGGAAUGAGCCACUUCAAGUUGCUGAAACGAUUAGGUUGUGGUGAUAUUGGGAGUGUCUAUCUGGCUGAAUUAAGUGGAACUCGGUGCCAUUUUGCUGUGAAAGUCAUGGAUAAAGCGUCUCUUGAGGACCGGAAGAAGUUGAAUCGAGCUCAGACCGAGAGGGAUAUUCUACAACUAUUGGAUCAUCCGUUUCUACCGACAUUGUACACUCAUUUUGAGACUGACAGAUUCUCGUGUUUGGUCAUGGAAUACUGUCCUGGAGGGGAUCUGCACACUCUAAGGCAACGUCAACCCGGGAAGCAUUUUUCGGAGUAUGCUGCUCGAUUUUAUGCUGCAGAGGUGUUGCUAGCGCUCGAGUAUCUCCACAUGCUUGGUGUUGUUUACAGAGACUUGAAACCUGAGAAUGUUCUGGUUCGAGAUGAUGGUCACAUAAUGCUUUCAGACUUUGAUCUCUCCUUGAGAUGCGCGGUUUCUCCAACACUGAUCAAAACAUUCGACUCUGAUCCAUCUAGACGUGGCGCAUUCUGCGUUCAACCCGCUUGUAUGGAGCCUACAUCAGCUUGCAUCAUCCAACCCUCAUGCUUCUUACCGCGCAGCAUUUUCCCUAACAAAAACAAAAAGAACAAGACCCGUAAAACCCAGGCGGAUUUCUUCAAAUCACACUCUGGUUCUCUCCCAGAGCUAGUGGCUGAACCUAACACACGGUCCAUGUCCUUUGUCGGAACCCACGAGUACUUAGCUCCAGAGAUCAUCAAAGGAGAAGGACACGGAAGCGCAGUGGAUUGGUGGACUUUUGGUAUCUUUGUGCACGAGCUCCUAUACGGGAAAACCCCGUUCAAAGGAUCAGGAAAUCGAGCUACUCUGUUCAAUGUAGUCGGCGAACAGUUGAAAUUCCCUGAGUCACCAGCAACUAGCUAUGCAGGCCGGGACUUGAUACAGGCUUUACUGGUGAAAGAUCCAAAGAACAGGUUAGGGACAAAGAGAGGAGCAACAGAGAUAAAGCAGCAUCCAUUCUUUGAAGGUGUGAAUUGGGCACUGAUAAGGUGUAGCACUCCACCUGAAGUACCGAGACAGAUGGAGACCGAACCGCCACCAAAGUAUGGACCGAUUGAUCCGGUUGGGUUUGGUAGUAAUAGCAAAAGGAUGAUGGCACCACCAGCAGUAUCAGCAGCAGCAGACACGAAAUCUGGUGGUAAAUUUCUAGACUUUGAGUUUUUCUAAAGCUUCCAAGAGUUUGUGUUUUGGUUCCUUAUUAGCCAUUUUUAGUCUUUUAUGUCAGCUAUAUAUUGUAACCACACCUCAAGCUUUAAUAGAUCAAGAGUGAGGGUUCAUUUCUCAUAGUAACUUAGGUCUUUUUUUUUUUGGUAUUGGAGAUUAUAUUUUCUUCCAUGGAACCAACCCUUUUGUAAGGACAUGGGAAGCCCCAAGUCUGAAAUUAAUUAAGAAAAUCUCCUUUGGUACUAGUACUGUUAGGUUUGUCGGAAUCCUUUCUCUACACAUAGUAACUAGUACUGUUAGGUUUGUCGGAAUCCUUUCUCUACACAUAGUAACUAAUAGAUCGUAGUGUCUCAGUCACUGCUAUGUUUUGGGUACAUCUAUAUGAACAUUUUUGUGGUCCCAAAAGUUAACAUUAUCUAAAACGA